AUGUCGAGAAAAAAAAAAAUUCCUAAAACUGUUAAAAAAAAUAUAAAUAGAUCAUUUGGAUUAAAUUCUAUUGAUAUGAAAAAGAAAUCAAUUAAAAUUAUAAGCUAUAAUGAAUGUACUGAAAAAAAAUCAAAAAUUAUUUCAAAAGAGAAAAAAAUAAGUAGUAGAAUUAUUAAUAAAAAUAAAGUUUCAUAUGUUAAUGAAAUUGAUGUUAAAACAAACGAAUUAUCUGAUAUAAUUCAACAAAAAAAAGUUCCAUUAAAUAGAAGUUUCAAGGAAGUUAGAGAUAUUAAAAAUGAAGUUGUAAUUAAAAAAGAAAAUAAAAAUAACAAAGUAUUAAAGUCUGUAGAGAAUAAACUAUCAACACUACAAAAAGAAGAAAAAGAUGUUGAUGUAGUAAAUUUAUUAUUUAAUAAUGUUAUUGAAAAUAGAAAUUUUAACAACGUAGAUUUGGAAAAAACUCAAUUUUCAACCUCACAAACAAGAGAUGAUGAUAAAAUAGAACAAGAAAGUACUAAUGAUGAUAAACAAGAUAUUGAAAGGUAUGAAUCAUUAGCUGAAAUUCAAAAAACAGAUAUAUAA